UAGAAAAAAAGACUAAUAAAACGAGAAAAAGACGAAAAUACAUUAAAAAAAAAAAAAAAGCAAACACAGCCCACAAAGCAUAAAAAUAUUCCAGAAGAAGAAACAUCAAAGAAAGCUUCAAACUUCUUUCUCUAUUUCCCCCUCUUUUCUCUCUCACCAUUGGCAACCCUACAAAGAUCUCUCUCUCAAGAUUUCUGAAAAUGGAAAUAUAAUCUCACUGAUUUUCUUUUUUUUUUUCUUGUUUCGUUUUCUCUAUGUUUUGUGGGUUUCCUUUAUUAACCCGAGCUGUAGUCUCCAUCUCCCAGCCGGACAUAGAAAGAAAAAAUAGAGGAAAUUUGUUCACAAAGAAGGUACAUAUAUAUAUAUACAAAGUCUCUGUGAAAUAUGGCAUCUCAGCUAAAACGAACUCUAACCAAGAGAUACGGUGUUCUUGAACUGUGGGAGAUCAUAGUGAUUGCUCUAUUUGCAGUGUUCAUAGUAAUCCUUGUCAUUUCAGUAUGGCUCAGCUUCCGUAAAAAGUCCAAAAGAUCUAAUGCCACAACGCUUCCUGUAACUCAAAGCCCUCGCUUUACUGAAGAAAUCAAAGAAAUAAGUGUUGAUCAUGUUUCAUCUAACAACAAUGGUACUUCUUACCCAACUCUUGAUGAGAAAUUCGUUGAGGACAUCGAGAAUGGCGAUAAGUUUUCUGGUUCUUUGGAGAAAAAACCCGCGGUUGGGUCACAUUUGCCUCCUAGUACUCCUUUAACAACAGCUCCUUCACCUCUCUUGGGUCUGCCUGAGGUUUCUCACAUUGGUUGGGGUCAUUGGUUCACUCUCCGUGACCUUCAACUCGCGACUAAUCAUUUCUCAAAGGAGAAUAUCAUCGGUGAUGGUGGAUACGGAGUUGUUUACCAUGGAACUUUGACUAAUAAAACCCCUGUGGCUGUCAAAAAGCUGCUCAACAAUCCAGGGCAAGCUGAUAAAGAUUUCAGAGUUGAGGUGGAAGCUAUAGGACAUGUGCGGCAUAAGAACUUAGUUCGGCUUCUUGGAUAUUGCGUUGAAGGAACACAUAGGAUGCUGGUUUAUGAGUACAUGAACAAUGGGAACUUAGAGCAAUGGCUUCAUGGAGACAUGAAUCACAAAGGGCACCUCACUUGGGAAGCUCGGAUCAAAGUUCUUGUUGGCACUGCAAAAGCGCUGGCUUAUCUUCACGAAGCUAUUGAGCCGAAAGUGGUGCAUAGAGACAUAAAAUCGAGCAAUAUACUGAUGGAUGACAACUUUGACGCAAAGUUAUCUGAUUUUGGUCUUGCUAAAUUGCUUGGAGCUGAUUCAAGUUACGUCAGUACUCGAGUUAUGGGUACAUUCGGGUAUGUCGCGCCUGAAUAUGCUAACUCUGGUCUCCUCAACGAAAAGAGCGACGUGUACAGCUAUGGUGUUGUUCUCUUGGAAGCUAUUACUGGAAGGUAUCCAGUGGAUUAUGCGCGGCCUAAAGAAGAGGUGCAUAUGGUGGAGUGGUUAAAGCUGAUGGUUCAACAGAAACAGUUUGAGGAAGUGGUGGAUAAAGAGCUUGAGAUCAAACCAUCAACUAGCGAACUUAAACGAGCACUUUUAACAGCUUUGAGAUGUGUUGAUCCUGAUGCAGACAAGAGGCCAAAGAUGAGUCAAGUGGCUCGAAUGCUUGAAUCAGAUGAAUACCCUGUGAUGCCUAGAGAGGAAAGAAGAAGAAGGAGAAAUCAGAACGCAGAGACGCAUAGAGAAAGCACAGACACGAAUAAAGAUAAUGAUAUAAUAACAGAUGCAAAGAUUUGAGCAAGGAACAGAAACAUGGACCCUUCUUUAUGACUUUUAGAUUCUUUGGAGAUUGUUUAGAUUCUUUACUGUGUCUAUAAGUUAAUUAUGUGAUAUAUAUAGAUACAGAGAAGAACACGAUUUGUUUCUUUUGUCUGGAGGAGGAGAGAGCUUUUGUAUAGCUUUGUUGCACUGUCUUUUUUAAUACCUUCAUACAGAGUCAGUUACAGACAUAUAUUUACAAAAUGAAUUUUAUUUGGAUCUUUAAA